AGCAAACAUACUUCGGGGCAUUUCAGUGGGGGCGCAGUGCGAGGGUGUCCUUUGCGCCUCAGCUCCGGAGAAAAACGAAAGGUGGGUGGGAAACGAGGAUAGAGGUGAAAAGUAAGAGGGGACUGAAUCAGCUAAUGACAAAGGGAGCAGGGCUCCGGACAGGGGUAGGAGGAAGAAGAGGAGUGACUGGGGCUUGUGUCAAGCUUCUUCUGAAUGGCUAGACAGCCGCCAGGUGGGAGAGGCGGAGGGUGAAGAGGCGGGUUCCGCACGCGGUUAGCCUGGGGCUGAUCUAGUCUUCAGCUUUCACCGGCUGGGAGUCCGGAGCUGCAGCAGAGGCCACACCCAGGGCUUGGUGGUCCCGCGCUUUCCGGAGCUCAGCAGGCGCUUGCUGCUUGAACCGGUCAAAGAAGGAACGAAUGAAUGACCCUUUUGCCAGGAUGGAGACCCGGGGGCCUCAGGGAGCGGCGAAUCCCAUGGACUCCUCCCGCAGCCUGGGGGACCUCGGGCCUUUUCCGCGGGAGGUAGGGCGCGGGGCUCCGCUAGCUCCGGGCUCCCGGAAUCCCGCGACGGCAGGGGCGAGCCGAAGCCAGGGCGGCGGCCACAAGGACAGAUCGGCAGAUCGGGCCCUCGGACCUCGGGCUGGGGAGGAAUUGGACCGUGAGUCCUGGGUCAGAGAGAAAGUGCUCUUUCUCCUGCACCCAGAGAGGUGGUUAGGGACUCGAGGGGACCCUGCACGGGAAGAGGUGGCCGGUGCAGAGGACCUUCCUCAUGCGGGUGGAGAGGACCACGGCGAGGAGCCCAACUACCCUUCUGUCUUUCAACGAGAAAAGCGAAUUUCUGGCAGGCGUGUAGCCCCGCCGCGGGACGCAGCAGACCCACCCAAAUACGUGCUUGUGCGGGUGGAGGAUUAUCAGGUAACACAAGAAGUGUUGCAGACCUCCUGGGCCAAGGGUCGCAUGACCACGAGGACUGAGGAGCACUUCGUGACCGCGCUCACUUUUCGCAGCAGUAGAGAGGGACAGCCUGGGGAACGCUGGGGCCCUGCUGAAUCCCGGGCUCUCCAGGCACUAACAGGGGCACCCCGCGUCCACGCCGCGGAGAGGAGGGUUUCACCGUCUCCAGGGACUUGGCUCGAGGAAAUUAAACUCUAAUGAGUAGCCCGAGAAAUGUUCCGGGAUGGUGGAUGAGCGAUCAUCCUUAAAAGAAAAUGCUAUUCUGGGAGCUCCAACCUGCAAUUAACCUACAGAAGGAACCUUUUGAGAGGCUGGUGCAGCGCUUCGGGGAGGCAGAUUAAGAACUGUGUUCCUAAUCCAAGCAGAACCCCGUUAUUUGAAGAGCCUGAGAAAUCUUAUCCCGUUUACAAAUGUCCUGGGAGUGCAUCCAAAGUGAAACUUGGGCAUCCUCAAUACUAAGAAAUCUCUGAGAAUGACUGAGUCUUGGUUCUUUGAUCUUACCUCUACUCCUCUGAAAAACAUGAUUAUCUAAAAUUGUGUUAGGUGGAUGAACCGCAUCAAAGACUUCCAGAAGCCACUCCAGUGACCAUAAGAUAAAUGUCAGAAUCGCAUAACCCCCGGGAUCAGGCAAGUGUUAUCCUCUCUUAAAACUCUUUGUUUACAACCAUGAUCUCCUUUUGGGAAUCAUUACAUUUGACUUGCUGCUUAUUUUUGUUGGAUGUUACCAGUGCUUGGUGAUAAAACUUGAUGUGGCUCUUUGCUUUGAAAAAGAAAAAAACUUUCUAUUUAAAGAAACAGUUGUAUACACUGCAUAAAAAUUGGGAAACUAUUAUGAAGAAAAAGAAGAUAUAAUAAAGGAAACAAAAAUUUACAGAUGACCCCAAAUCUCUUUUAAUAUUUGGCAAGUUUCAAGCAUGAAUUUUUUGUUUUGUUUUGUUUUUGUUUUAUAGAGACAGCACCUUGCUAUGUUGCCCAGGCUAGUCUUUUUUUUUUUUUUUUUUGAGACGGAGCCUCGCUCUGUUGCCCAGGCUGGAGUGCAGUAGCGCGAUCUUCGCUCACUGCAAGCUCUGCCUCCCGGGUUCAUGCCAUUCUCCUGCCUCAGCCUCCCGAGCAGCUGGGACUACAGGCGCUCGCCAUCACGCCCGGCUAAUUUUUUGUAUUUUUAGGAGAGAUGGGGUUUCACCAUGUUAGCCAGGAUGGUCUCGAUCUCCUGAUCUCGUGAUCUGUCCACCUCAGCCUCCCAAAGUGCUGUGAUACAGGCGUGAGCCACCGCGCACCUGGCGUGCCCAGGCUAGUAUUAAAAUCCUGGACUCAAGCAAUCCUCCUGCCUUGGCCUCCCAACAUGCUGGGCUUAUAGGCAUCAGCCACCAUGCCUGGCCAAGUGUGGUUUUAUUUUAUUGUAUUUUCAUGUGAAAUACCUACAUAUAUACAUACAUCUUUCUAAGCAUAAACUAUAUAAAGUAGUAUUAAUGUAACCUCUGUAUAUUUUCUGAAUAUUAUCUGUAUAUAAACAAACAUAUACUGAUGCUACUCAAGAUGGGCGUUCUGUGAAACGGCAGCGUGGGCAUCUCCAAGAAGGUUUUUAGAAAAGUAGUAUCUCAGGCCCCAUUCCAGAUCUGUUGAAUCAGAAUUCGCAUUUUGUCAAGAUCAUUGGAUGAUUCACAUUAAAGUUUGAGAAACACUGACAUAUUCUCAUAUAUUUAGUUCUGUAUCCUAUUUUGUUACUUACCAAAACUGAAAAGUUUUUUUAUUCUGUAUUCCCAAUUAAUUGUUAACAAUGCCAUGAAGAUAAUAAUUCAUAGAGUUUUGAACACAGUUAAAGAUUACAGGAAGGUGAAAGAUAGAGGAUAUGAAUGGGUAAAUUGGCGAAGAGAUCUCUAUGAAGCUUUAUAGUGUCUUUUUUAAAGAGCCUUAUUAUUUGAAAGUUUGUCCUAAUGAACCAUUGACUCAUCAUUGAAUUUCAAACUAUUUCAGAAAUAUGGCUAUUUUGUUGUCUAGGUAUAUGAAAUAAUACAUUAUGAAAAACUCCUGUAAAGGUGAAAAAGCAGGAAGUCAUUAACACAUUGCACAAUUGCAACUCUGCAGGCUGAGUCAGAACUUGUCAGCCACUUGUGAUGAAUUGAGAGGGGUGGGGAAAAGGUGGAGCCAGAAUUUGAAUCAACUGAUUCAGAUAAGUAAACAAAGGGCUGUGACUCUUGAACACCAUGACAUCUCUAUAACUGCAGUCAGUACUUUGCUCUGUAAUUAGGGAGGGCAAAUCUGUGAAUUUACUUCUCUAGAUGAAGAUAAAGUCCAGAUUACUUUGGAGAGAGUAAGGAGUUAUGAUUGGUUUUCAGGCAUUAUGCAGCCAAUAGUCACAAACAAAACAUUAAGACUUGGUUAUCUUCAAAGCAAGGAACUAACCAAAUUCAAACUUACAUUUCUAACCUUAAAACAGAACAAGAGGCCAAGCGCGGUGGCUCACGCCUGUAAUCCCAGCAGUUUGGGAGGCCAAAGCAGGUGGAUCACCUGAGGUCAGGAGUUCAAGACCAGCCUGACCAACAUGGAGAAACCCCAUCUCUACUAAAAAUACAGAAUUAGCCGAGGUGAUGGUGCAUGCCCAUAAUCCCAGCUACUCAGGAGGCUGAGGCAGGAGAAUCGCUUGAACCCGGGAGGAGGAGGUUGCAGUGAGCUGCGAUCGCGCCAUUGCACUCCAGCCUGGGCAACAAGAGCAAAACUCCAUCUCAAAAUAAUAAUAAUAAUUAAUAAAUAAACAGAACAAGAGUAUUUUGAGGAGACUGCAGCCCUCCCCAAAAUAGAACAAACAGAGGCUGUGUUUGCAGAGCUUGCUAUAAUAAGAGAGUCAGCCAACAUCAUUUGUGCUUGGCAGGAAAGCGAAGGCAGGUAGGGCAAUAGGAAAGCUUUGUAGUGGCCAAGAUGAUCUUACCCAUUCCUCAGCUUGACUAAAUUUUAGAUAAGCUUCUUCUUGACUUAGGUCCCUGACUUUCCUUUUCUUAGAGCAUUUACUUUAGAAGACUUUCAAUUGUAAAUUAUUUCUCUGCCCCUUUGAAGUGUAAAUCUAAGAAACAUCCAGGUAUGUCUUUCUUGAGGACCUAGGAGCCAUUACUCUGAAGUGUAAUCACCGAAAACAAACAAACAAACAAACAAAACUCAGAGGUCUCUAACUAUGAGUCUCUGUGGGAGGGUGGAAGCCCAGCUUCUCAAAGUGCCAAUCAGCAAACAUAGAUGACAUAAUCACAUUGACCAAUGUCCCAUUUAACAUUGUCUCGUAGUUUUUCUCUAGCUCACCUUAAUGCUUAAAACAUUCCCACCUUUUGUUUCAAAGGAAUUAAGUUCAAUCUCUCUCCCCUAAUGCAAUAGUUCUUGUUUUUUUUUGUUUGUUUUUUGAGACAGUCUCACUGUGUUGUCCAGGCUGGAGGGCAGUGGCUCAAUCUUGACUUACUGCAACCUCCGCCUCCCGGGUUCAAGCGAUUUUCCUGCCUGAGCCUCCUGAGUAGCUGAGACUACAAGUGCAUGCCAUUACACUCAAAUAUGUUUUAUUUUUUCACCUUUGUUUUUUUUUUUUUAGUAGAGACGAGUUUUGGGCAUGUUGGCCAGGCUGGUCUCAAACUUCUGGCCUCAAUGAUCCACUUGCCUUGGCCUCCCAAAGUGCUCGGAUAACAGGUGUGAGCCACCAUGCCCGGCCUCUAAUGCAAUAGUCUUGAAUAAAGUUUUCCUUGCUGUUUAACUCUGUCCCAUGCAAUUACUCUUCAACAAUAGUGGAAAAAGAAAGGCUUUAGUUAUGUUCUGCUUGGAGCCUAUUGGCAUGGGGGGAGCUGGAGGCAGGUGAUCUAGGACAACGUCUUACAUGAUUAGUUUAGGGAUUUCUCAGGUAGGCCCUGAGUUGGAAAAAAAAAAAGAGAGAGAGAGAGAGAGAGAAGCUGGCAGUCACUGACCAAGUCCUGACCUUUUGAGCUGAUUGCUCCAGAGGCUGUGUUUUGACUUCCCAGGUUGUGACUUCCUUGUCACAAAACUUGUAGGUUGGAAUUCUGUAAUAAAUGGUAUCAACCUCAUAAGUUUUUUCAAGGAUUAAGGUGAAUAAAAAAUUCUUAGAACAGUGUCUGGCAUAUAAUAAAUACUCAAAAUUAACUAUUAUUAUUAUAAUUAGUAUUAGUGGUAGUGGUAGUGUGUUCAGUUUACUUUUCAUAUUUUUUUUGAG